GAUUGCGAUAUCUCUUUGCGCAUAAUCUUAUCCGCUCUUUUUUUCUUCUUGCAUUUCUUUUCUUUUCUUUGUCAUUAUGUCCUCUCCUCAUUUGCAGACUUACGAACAAAGAGCCAAGAAGCAUGGAAAUCCCGCUGCUAGGAAAUUACUCGAGACGAUGGAGAGAAAAAAGACAAAUCUCUCGGUCAGCGUCGAUGUAACGAAGAAAAAGGACUUCCUCGCAAUCAUUGAUGUCGUUGGGCCAUUCGUUUGUCUCAUAAAGACCCAUAUUGAUAUCAUUGAAGAUUUCGAUCAAACAGUCAUCGAGCAUCUACAGGAGCUCAGCGUAAAGCAUGACUUUUUGAUCUUUGAAGAUCGAAAAUUUGCUGAUAUCGGAAACACCGUUGCAUUGCAAUACUCCAGCGGAGUGUACAAGAUUUCCAGCUGGGCUCACCUUACAAAUGCCCAUGCAGUUCCUGGCCCGUCGAUCAUAACUGGCCUAUCGUCUAUUGGCUUGCCUCUCGGGAGAGGGCUCAUCCUCUUAUCUGAGAUGAGCUCCAAGGGUGCUCUCACUACAGGGUCCUAUACCGAGGAUGCAGUGCGUAUGGCUCGAUCACGCCGUGACUUCGUCGUAGGCUUCAUUGCCCAGAAGCGUAUGGACGGGAUCGGUGCAAUCGAAGCAGACGAUGUCACCGAGGAAGACUUCCUUGUGCUCGCUCCUGGUGUCGGACUUGACUCUAAAGGCGAUGCCAUGGGCCAGCAGUAUCGAACACCGAGGGAGGUUGUCCUGGAGUCAGGUUGCGAUGUGAUCAUCGUCGGAAGGGGUAUUUAUGGCAAAAGCGACCAGUUGGAUGUCGAAAAUGUGCGCAAGCAAGCAGAGAGAUACCGGCAGGAGGGAUGGUCAGCGUACUUAGAGCGAGUAUCAUUGAGCCCAUAACCAUGUAGCAAUAUGAUUUCCACCGUUGGGUGUCGCAUUUCUCAUCGUGGCAGUAAUUGAAGCCCGUGCCAAGGCGAGAUCCUUGGCUGCUCUACGAAGA